AUGCCUAAACACAUUCCAAAAUCCCUUAUAAAAUGUCUCUCCAAGCUCAAGAAAUACCCAUCAAAGAUUCAAUUACUAGUACUAUCCUCUAAUUCAUUCUCAACCUCCAAAAAUUUGAUCCUCUCAAACUGCAAACAACCCAGAGACUUAUCAUUUGCAGUUGAUCGUAAUAAAAACGAUGGCGUCAACACCAACAACAACAACAAUAAUAACGUUAGCGGUGCAACACUCUCAGAUAUUGAUCAAUUUCUUUAUGAAAAUUUUAGAUCUCUUUAUAUUAAUGACGAAGAAGAUGAUAAAAAGAAAGACGAAGAUUGUGACGGAGAUAAAAUUCCAAAAGGGCUAUCAUUGGAUUCACCAAGGUUGAUUGAACCGCCAGUGAACCUUUAUGGGUCUCACCCAUUUUAUGAAGAAGCUCAUGACAGUUUCACCACCAACUCUGAGGACAUCGUCACUUCAACUUCAACCUCAUCUUCACCUAUAAAUUGUUCCCCAAAUCAUGAUUCUUCUACAGUUUCUACUGAUUCCAAUUAUGUGAAACUUCCCGGUGACUCCAUUGCAAUGUUGAGACAUUCUCCAAGUCCUUAUGGUGAUUUUCGACGUUCCAUGCAGGAAGUGGUGGAGGUACAAGGGCAACAACAAGCCACUAUUGAUUGGGAUUUCUUGGAAAAGCUUUUGUUUUGUUACUUGAGGCUGAAUGAGAAAAAAUCAUACAAAUUUAUUCUAAGGGCUUUUGUGGAUUUGGUCGUGGGUCUCCGUCAAAAUUAGAAUAAGAUUCCCCCAUGUAUGGUAAGAUUGUGGCAAUAGGAUUAGAUUAAGAAAAUAUGGAGAGGAGAGGAUGGCACCAACAAAAAAUGUAAGGUGUUGGAUUUAUUCAUCUUUUGUUUGCCUUGUCAGUGAUUUUCAA